AUGAUUAAGCACUCUCUCUUCUUCCUCUUUCUGCUGCUUCCCAUUCCCGCUUUUUCUGUCAAUCAUCAACGUCGUCGUCGUCCUCCGCCUCCACCUCCACUGCAUCAGAACCAAGUCAACAACAUCAUCGACGCUCUCAUCGGUGCUGGGGAUUUCAACAACUGGCAAACAUGCUCUCUGCUUCACCUCUUCAUGCUUCCACUUUCGGCCACUCUUUUCGUCCCUUCCGAAGAUUCUAUCUUCCCAUUCCCAUUAUCAGCUUCUUUUCCCACUUCCACCACCGCCGCCGCAGCCGCUGACCCUCUCAUCAACCCUUACCACAUCGUCCCGCAACGCCUCACUUUUUCUCAACUCGCCCUCUUCAAGCCUCUCUCUCGCUUACCCACUUUGCUCCCUUCCAAAUCCAUUCUCGUAACCAACACUUCCCCCUCCAAUUUCACCGUCGACGCUUCUCAUAUUAUCCACCCCGAUCUUUACCUCACGUCCUCCAUCGCCGUCCACGGUAUUGCAUCGCUCUUCAACUGCACUGUCUACGGCGGUGAUGCUGCCCUUGAUUAUGGCAUCACCCCACCACUUCCGUCGGAGCAGACGCCGCCUCCUCCGCAAACAAUGUUUGAGCCGCUGGGAGACGUGAUCGGAGAUAGGAGGAGAUCGGAUGCUGGUUGCUUGUAUGGGGAGUUUGCAUUUGUUUGCCUACUGAUUCCAUGGAUGGUUUUAAGCAUCAAGAUUUAUGGCAAUCAACAGGUUGAUUCCAUGUAUGAACAUGCAGAGUUUCUGUAUUGGUUCUGCGCUCAUCGUCUUCCUGUUCCAUUCGCACUGCAUUUAUUUGUUUUCCUCAAAAUCCCAUAG